CUUUCUUUCGAGCUCUCACAGCCCAAGUCAUUCGUUUUGUUUUUUUCAAAGUAGUCAUUCGUUUUUACAGCAGGAUUGCUGUUUGAAAAUGCGCUCGUCGUUCUUUUCCACUAUUGUGGCAGCGUUGGCUGCUGCCACUGCCGCCGUUCCUUUUCCAGGCCCAGUGGCCGCCCCGAAGGGAGAAGCCUUCAUUGAAGCUUCGACUCCCAAUUUCUUACGACCUAUCAAACUCUCAGACCUCGAACCACAAGACAACCUCAACGAGCGCACCUUGCCCGACUUUUCUUGCUUUAAGCCAGUGCAAAAUGCUAACAUGCUCUUUGGUGGCCUCGCCGGUUCCGGCAAACUCUUCCUGGCAAAUAUGACGCUUCAUGCGUCUGAUAACCUCCCUAUCGUCAUGAUGGAAACUUUUGAAGACUUGACCUCUGCUGUUGACUGCAAGGGGGACGAUGGAGAAAUGUCCCUUACUUUCAAAUCGAAGGCUGCUUAUGAAUUUGCCAUAACGUCGUGGGACUAUAUCAACGCCAAAACUGAUGCAGAAUUCCUGAUGAUUGCCAAUCAUGCUAGUUGCGGUCCCGAAGGACAACGCCAGGCGUACAGGAUUACUGACGUGAUUAACGAUGCCGGAGAACUUUGUGUUACUCUCAAGGCCAAGGCGGUCGCCUGGAAGCAAUUUGCCGGCGCCUUCGACAUUGACUUUGGUCAUUAUAAGAUGUCCACGCAAGCUCUCUUCUCUCUCCAAGCAAAGGGUGUCAUUGGAUGGAUUGGCGAAGCUAUUGAAAAAUUCAAGGAUGGCCUUGAUGCUGGCUUCAAGGGCGGAAUCAAGGAUAUAAUUGACGUGAUCGAUGGUGAUGGCGAUAUUUGCCUGCCAGUCAACAUUCCCAUCAAUAUCUUCAAACCAAACACUGAAGUUACUUUGUACAAGGGCCCUGGAUCCCCUGCCGAGAUUGAGCUCAGCUGUCAGAACUGCUACGUGCAGGGAACUUUCCUUACUACUGGAACUCUGAAGGUUGAAAACUACCUCACUACUGAAUUGAAACUCGAAAUUGAGCCAAAGGAUUUCAGUACCGCUGCUGAAUUCGAACUCGACUUGGUGAACGUCAAGAAGGAGAUUAAGUACUCUCAGACCAUUUUCGAAAAGGUUAUUCCAUUUACCGGAAUCGAGAUCCCCGGUAUCCUGUCCAUUGGUGCUAAGGUUGGCUUGUUGAUCCACGGCGACGUCAAGUUCACUGGCAGCGCCACUGUUAACUUCGGAUGCACCGCCAAACUUCCAAAUGGCGGCAAAAUGACCCUCGUCCUUAUCGGCGAUGGCAAGUCCGGCGUCGUAGGCUUGGACAAGAUCGAGGCGAAGUCGGACGUCACCUUUAACAAUGGAUACAUUGACCUUGAUACCACCACUGUUCCUGAACCCAAGAUUACUUGGGGCUUUGAAAUUCUUGGCGGUGCUGGCAUCGAAGCUGGCGUCAAGUUUGGCAUCCCAAUUGAUCUCAACCUUACUGCUGGUCUCAAGGAGGGAGGUUGGUGCCCAGAUAGCAAUGUUAAGACUGGUGUAACUCUCGCUGCCGGUGCCAGUCUGCAGCUGGACCUUGGAGUCUGGGAAGUCGAUCGGACCCCAAUCUUCGAGAUCCCUCUCCUGGAUUUCCCAAUUCAAUGCCCGAAGUACUGCAAGCCCCUUCCUGGACUUGAGCCCGGAAAGAAUGAACCUGGAAAGGAAGAACCUGGAAAGGGAGAGCCUGAAAAGGGCAACCCCGGAACCAAACCCCCAAUGAAGUGCAACAAAUGUGGUAAAUGCACGCCAAUCUAAAUAAUCAGAGCUUCUGCUGUGAAAAUAUGCACUUUUGCAACACACCGUCUCGAGUGUGCUAAUACUAGUGGAUACGAUUCCCGCCUAUGCUGAUAUAGAAACCUGCACACCACGCCCAAUAUAUUACUUAAACCACCUCUAGGGUGAAUUUAACUGGGAUGUUUUGCAGAAGUUUCACUCUUAAUGUUUAGUUACCUAAUGGCUGUGCUUGAUAAAAAGUCAUCUAACCUUCGCUGAUGUCCUCUCU